CGGAGCGGCCUCCCGCAGUGCCGCCUCCCGCCAGGUGACCGUCGCUACAGCCGCCGCUGCUAUGGCAACCGCGCUCUGCCCGCUCCGCGCUCUCGGCUGCGCCGCGCUGCGCCCCCGCGGCCGCCGCCUGCACCUCAGCGCGCCCAGAAACGACGCGGUGGUGAUUUCUGGCAAGAAGCUGGCCCGGCAGAUCAGGCAGGAAGCCCGUCACGAGGUCGAGCAGUGGGUAGCGGCCGGAAACAAGAGACCCCACCUCAGUGUCGUUCUUGUCGGUGAAAACCCAGCGAGUCACUCCUACGUACUGAACAAAACCAAAGCAGCUGCCGAUGUUGGAAUCAGCAGUGAAACCAUCCUCAGGCCGGCCUCUAUCACUGAAGAGGAGCUCCUGGAUCUGAUCAGCAAACUCAAUAACGAUGCCAAUGUGGAUGCCCUGCUGGUACAGCUUCCUUUACCCGAACAUAUCGAUGAGCGCAGGAUUUGCAACGCUGUGACUCCAGACAAAGAUGUUGAUGGCUUUCACGUGAUCAACGUGGGGCGCAUGUGCCUUGACCAGGACUCCAUGCUGCCAGCCACCCCGUGGGGAGUGUGGGAGAUCAUUAAGAGAACAGGCAUCCCGACGCUGGGGAAGAACGUGGUGGUGGCUGGCAGGUCGAAGAACGUGGGCAUGCCCAUCGCCAUGUUGCUGCAUACGGACGGCAGGCACGAGCGGCCGGGAGGUGAUGCCACAGUCACAAUAUCCCACCGCUACACUCCCAAGGAGCAGCUGAAGCAACACACGAUCCGCGCUGAUAUUGUGGUAGCGGCAGCAGGCAUACCCAACCUGAUCACAGCUGACAUGAUCAAAGAAGGAGCUGCGGUGAUUGACGUGGGAAUAACGAGAGUGCAGGAUCCUGUCACCGCCAAGCUGCGGCUGGUCGGGGAUGUGGAUUUUGAAGGGGUGAAGAAGAAAGCCAGCUACAUCACUCCGGUCCCUGGGGGAGUUGGGCCCAUGACGGUUGCCAUGCUGAUGAAGAACACCAUCAUUGCUGCCAAGAAGGUCUUGAAACCCAAAGAGCUGCAAGCAUUAACUGCUUAACGUGGGACUCUUUAGCACUGAAAACAACAUUCCAAACAGAUUCCCAAACAGGCCGAUAGAAAAUGCAAUAUUUCUAUUUAUUGUAUGGGAAGUGGAAUUGCCUAUUCUGAAGUCACAGGUAUUUAUGGGAAGCUGAAGCAUGUGCACAUUAGUUGUACUAACGUGUAAGCACCUACACUCCUGGCCUACUCGUGCUAGCAAAGCUGCUUUUCGUUUAAGCUGGCUCUUCUCGGCCGCCUGCCCUUGCAGGGACGAGGCAGCAGUUGGGAUCCUGGUCCUGGGAGCUCCGCGUGGCGUUGGCGAUCCCAGCAGUGCAAAAGCAAUGGCCCUUGUGGUUCUCAGCAAUGCUCAGUCUGCCCGCACUGCUUGCGUUUGACUCGUGCCGCAGUCCUCUAGUCAGUGCUGGCUGUUUGGUUUGAGUUAAGCUCUUCUCUAGAAGUUACUUGAGGGAGAAAGAAAAAAAAAAAAAAAAAAAGCCAUAUGUCUCUUCUCAGCCUGUGUGAGGUUCUGGGCAGUGACAGAUCUGUUACGUGUUCUGGUGUGCAGCUAAGCCUUUUGGGGUUGGUUUUUUUGCUAUUUGGAUGGUAACUUUUUUAAAAGCCUUUUUUCCUAACCAAAGAACAAGAGGGGAGGGCUGUUGGUGUCUGUGCUGGGUACAAGGGAGGGUUCCUGGACUGUAUUGUAAAGCGUGCAAGUAUGUAGUGAAUAAUGCAGGCUAACUCUAAAUAAAGGAUGAAAAGACACACAAAACCCAA